GCCUCUAGCUCGACUCUAGAACCCAACACCCCAGUUGGACCCUAUCAGCCUACUAGGGAUAAGUGGACUAAGCCUUGCUGUACGUAUUAUACAUCGGUCGAAGCGAUCAAAAUGUGAGAAAUCUGAUUUAUUUCCAGCCGUGCUGGCCCAGAAUCUGAUCUCGGAGCCUAGAUUUCUUUUCCUUUAACAGGCAUUGCCCCAUGCUGCCUCGCUAGCGUCGAUCUAGGCGCGUAGGUUCUUCCCAUGCUUGGGAAUGAGAGCAUGAGCACGAUCAAAUUAUCAAAGACGUCAAGUGUCUAUCGACUAGCUAUAUUUUGCCGGAGCUGUGCCAGAUCCACCGAAUUUCGGUUCCCUGGCGCAGCUAUAAUCGACUAUUUGGCACAUAUCUCCACGCCUCUUCUUCCCAAACAAUUAUGUCGACGAGCAAUAUUCUUGUCUACGUCGUCCGCCACGACUUGCGCGUCUCUGACAAUCCUAUCCUACAUCAUCUCGCCAGUACACCCGAUCAUGGAUUCACACAUGUCCUGCCUCUCUUCGUCUUGCUUCCGCAUCAGAUCGAGGUUUCGGGGUUCUUGAAAGAAGGGGCAAAAUCCCCUUUCCCCGAAGCUAAAAGCGACGUUGGGCGCUACUGGAGAUGCGGGCCGCAUCGAGCUAGGUUUAUCGCCCAAUCGAUUUGGAAUCUGAAAGAGAAUCUCGAGAAAUUAGGCAACGACUUGACGAUUAGGAUCGGGCCAUAUGAUGAGGUGUUAAAGACGCUGAUCGAAGGUCUGCGACAAAGCGAGCUCAGUGUAGGGGGGGUAUGGACAAUUGGAGAAGAAGGUACCGAGGAGAAACGAGACGAAACGGUCAUAUCAGAGACAUGUUCUAGUCUAAAUGUAGACUUUCGGACAUGGAUCGACGAGAAGUACUUCAUUGACGAUCAAACUUUAAAACUGGACACAUCUCAAGAUCUCCCAGAUGUAUUCACGACUUACAGGAAGAUGAUGGAACCCCUUCGAGAGAAACCUAGCGCAGUUUUACCUGCUCCGUCGAAGGAUGAUUUGCCAAAGCCUGUCGAGAGAGCUAAGAUUCCGGACCAGAGAUCACCCUUCGAGAUCCCUUCAUCACAUGACAAAAUCGAGGAAUCGCUUUUACGUCCCGUCAACGAGGUUCUUACCGGAAUUACGCAAUUCCCUGUGGGGGCUAAGUCAGCACACCCUUUCAAGGGUGGCGAGGAUAGUGCUCAUGAGAGAUUGGAGCACUUGAUCAAGUCAGGAAGUGCUUACUUAUACAAGGAUUCACGAAAUGGGCUACUAGGGAGCGACUUUAGUACCAAGCUGUCAGCUUAUCUUGCGCAAGGAUGUAUCACCGCCCGCCAGGUUCAUGAUAGACUUAUGGCAUACGAAGAUGGAAAUGACAACUCCUUGGCCGAAUCGCAGGGAUACGGAGAGGGAGAAAACGAAGGAACGAAAGCCAUACGGUUCGAGUUGCUAUGGCGCGAUUAUAUGAGACUUUGCAAUAGGAAGUUCAAGGAGAAGCUCUUCCUACGUUCCGGAUUUCGAGAUGAUCAUUCCAAUAAAUGGAAAUCGGUGAAGAAAGGGAAAGUAGAUGGUCAACAGGAGUCGGUGGAUGAGGUUGCUGAAACAAUAAACAGAAUAUUCAAUGGCACUACCGGGAUGGGAUUGAUCGAUGCAUCACAGAGGGAGCUAUUGCACACAGGAUACACGUCAAAUCGCGCCCGCCAGAAUGUCGCCAGUUUCCUUUCCAAACACCUUAGCAUCGAUUGGCGCUAUGGUGCUGAAUGGUAUGAGAUGCUGCUAGUCGAUUAUGAUGUCUCAUCCAACUGGGCAAACUGGCAAUAUGUGUCCGGAGUAGGAAAUGACCCGCGAGGCGAAGCACGCAUUUUCAAUCCCGUGAAGCAAGCAUUCGACUACGACAAGGAUGGAGAAUACGUGCGCUGUUGGGUGCCGGAAGUUCAAAACCUUGAGAAAUUGGAAAAUGUUUUCCAGGCUUGGACGACGCCGAAAGAGGAUUGGGACCGCCUUGGCCUGACAGGCCUUACGUUGGCCGAGAAUCCGAUAAAGAAAAUCGAAUUUUCUGUUGAAGGAAAACCUAAGGCCUCCAGGCGACCUUUUAUCCGCCGACGCGGCCCCGGACGCGGAGGAAGCAGUCGAACGUCACAAACCUCUGCGACUCCGCAGCCACCGACUGGCCCUAGCAACUCCAAUGGGCAGAACGAAAAUGAGAGGGCUGCUAAUAGACAACGUAAUAACCAAGGCAGUCAACAAACCGCAACCGAAAAUCCUCGUGGGGGUUUCCGUGGUGGGCGAGGUUAUGGUAGAGGUUAUCAAACCCGCGGUUAUCGUGGAUUUAGAGGAGGUUAUCGAGGCCGUGGCCCAUCGACAAACUACAGUCAACCACCAGCGCCAAUGCAGACGCUGGCUCCAACCGAACAAGCGCAAUAGGAUUCGCUUUCCCGUGUACCGAGCCUUCGCCACCCUAUCCCGCCAAUUAUGCCACCGGGUCUCGUAACGUUUGCUAGGUCUCGUAUGGACGCACAUCCCCACUCCACCACUUUCCUUCGACCGUCACGCCCCUAUAUACAGUAUACAAGUAGGGAAUUAUCGCCGUUGCCAAAUGUCCAAUCUUCACGAUCUACAGCACGCAGCCCGCGACCGCGCUCCCUCUAGAAGAUUACUGAUGAGAAAUGACUGUUUUGUGCCGAGCAGGUUAAUCUUAGCUAGAUAUCUCUACUUGCUGGUCUCUUCUCCUGUUACGUAACU